UUCCUUGCUGACGUCACCAGUCAGUCAGACGUAGAUAAUCGAGAGUCGAGUGGCUCAUGUUGUUAGCUGCGGUUGUCCUCUCCAUUUGUUGACGAGCCGGGGACCAAACUUCUACCCUCGGGAUGUUUUUCUCCACACUUGCUCGGUCUGCGGUGUCGCGGAUGGUGAGGGGUCUCCAUCAGUCUGCUACACGUACCGGAGCUGGUGGCAUCUUUGUGCACCGAGACACAGCCAGCAACAACCCUGACACGCCCUUUGAGUUCACAGAGGAGAACAAAAAGAGAAUCGAAGCCAUCAUUUCAAUGUACCCCGUGGGCCACAAGCAAGCGGCGACCAUCCCCGUGUUGGACCUAGCCCAGAGACAACACGGAUGGCUUCCCAUCUCCGUCAUGAACAAGGUCGCCGAGGUGCUGGAGAUCGCUCCCAUGAGGGUGUACGAGGUGGCCACCUUUUACACCAUGUUUCUGCGCCAGCCUGUGGGGAAGUACUUCAUUCAGAUUUGCACCACCACGCCGUGCAUGCUCUGCAACUCCGACAGCAUCCUGGAGGCCAUCCAAAAGAAACUGGGCAUCAAAGCUGGAGAGACAACUUCAGACAAGAUGUUCACGCUCAUAGAAGUGGAAUGCCUCGGUGCCUGCGUGAACGCGCCAAUGGUGCAGAUCAACGACAACUACUAUGAGGACCUCACCCCAGCGGAUAUAGAGCACAUCAUAGAUGAGCUUCAAGCCGGCAGAGUCCCACCACCGGGGCCAAGGAGUGGCCGUUUCUCCUGCGAGCCUGCAGGUGGACUGACCUCCCUGACAGAACCUCCUAAAGGACCCGGUUUUGGUGUGAGACCUGACCUGUAAAUGCACAAAUCCUGAUCAUGUGUAAAUAAACGACUGUACUGCAAUCAUCACACUCCGAGUGU